CAUGCGGCGGUGAGGGCGCCGCCGCCGGGGCUAGGGAUCGGGCCGGGGGGAAGAAGCGUCGGGCCGCGGGCUCGGGAGCCGUCUCCGCCGCCGCCGCCGCCGCCGCCGCCGCCGUCCGGGCAUGUCGUCCAAUUGCACCAGCACCACGGCGGUGGCGGUGGCGCCGCUCAGCGCCAGCAAGACCAAGACCAAGAAGAAGCAUUUCGUGUGCCAGAAAGUGAAGCUGUUUCGGGCGAGCGAGCCGAUCCUGAGCGUCCUGAUGUGGGGGGCCAACCACACGAUCAAUGAACUCAGCAAUGUUCCAGUCCCUGUCAUGUUAAUGCCAGAUGACUUCAAAGCCUACAGCAAGAUCAAGGUGGAUAAUCAUCUCUUCAAUAAGGAGAACCUACCCAGCCGUUUUAAAUUUAAAGAAUACUGCCCCAUGGUGUUCCGAAAUCUCCGGGAGAGAUUUGGGAUUGAUGAUCAGGAUUACCAGAAUUCAGUGACACGCAGUGCCCCCGUCAACAGUGACAGUCAGGGCAGAUGUGGAACACGUUUCCUCACCACCUAUGAUCGUCGCUUUGUCAUCAAGGCUGUGUCAAGUGAGGAUGUGGCAGAAAUGCACAACAUCCUAAAGAAAUACCACCAGUUCAUAGUGGAGUGUCAUGGAAACACCCUUUUGCCCCAAUUCCUGGGCAUGUACCGCCUGACUGUGGAUGGUGUGGAGACCUACAUGGUGGUCACUAGGAAUGUGUUCAGCCAUCGGCUGACUGUACACCGGAAGUACGAUCUCAAGGGAUCCACUGUCUCCAGAGAAGCAAGCGACAAAGAAAAGGCUAAGGAUUUGCCGACCUUCAAAGACAACGAUUUCCUCAAUGAAGGACAGAAGUUGCAUGUAGGGGAGGAGAGUAAAAAGAAUUUCCUGGAGAAACUAAAACGGGAUGUGGAGUUCCUGGCCCAGCUUAAAAUCAUGGAUUAUAGCCUUCUGGUGGGCAUCCAUGAUGUGGACCGGGCAGAGCAGGAGGAGAUGGAAGUGGAGGAGCGGGCAGAUGAUGAGGAAUGUGAGAAUGAUGGGGUCGGCGGCAAUCUGCUGUGCUCCUAUGGGACACCCCCUGACAGCCCUGGUAACCUCCUCAACUUCCCCCGAUUCUUUGGCCCUGGGGAAUUUGACCCAUCUGUGGAUGUUUAUGCCAUGAAGAGCCAUGAAAAUGCCCCUAAGAAGGAGGUGUAUUUCAUGGCCAUCAUCGACAUCCUCACACCCUAUGACGCCAAGAAAAAAGCUGCACAUGCUGCCAAAACAGUGAAACAUGGGGCUGGGGCGGAAAUUUCUACAGUGAACCCUGAGCAGUACUCCAAACGCUUCAACGAAUUCAUGUCCAACAUCCUGACAUAGUUGUCGUCUGCCUGCAGCCAGAAGCAGAGUGCUGGGGUGGGAUCUGGGAAGGAAAGGAGGAACAACAGGUGGAGAGUUGAGAUGUGGGGAGAGGGGUGAACUUCAGAGGAGAGACUAACAGCCUGCAACACUGUACAAGACACUGUAGCAGCGUGUGCAAGUGAGAGAGAGAGUGUGUGUGUGUGUGUGUGUGUGUGUGUGUGUGUGUGUGUGUGUGUGUGUGUGUGUGUGUGUGAGUGAGAGUGUGUGUGUGAGAGAUAACUUUAUGGGAAUCUUCAUCUUCUGUGCACCCUUGAUUCCCCCACUUAACCCUGGUGGAAAAGUGGCUCUCUCUUUGUUACUGAGAUACCCAGAGGCUGGGCGGGGCUCCGUUGGGUUUAUUUGGGUUCUGUUUUUUAAAUCGCAUUGCUUCAACAUUGCUAUUUAUAAUGUUGUGUGCAAGUCAUCCCGUUCUCCCCCACCCCAACUCCCUUUUAAUGAGAAAGCCCCAGUAGCCCUCCCUGCAUGGGGGUCCUUGAGAGCAAAGCACUAUGACAUCAGAAAGGAGAACGCCAGUAACUUCCAGACCUCUUUGGGUUUGGUUGGAUGGAGUCUUUUUUUUUUAAACUAGGGUAUCGAGUGCAGCUCUCCCCACUGCCUACCAUGCAUAGACAUGAAAAAUGAGCUUGUUCUUCCAUCUCCACUUGUUCCCUUUCCCCAGCUCCCCACAUGGCCCAACACAGGCCAUGGGGGACUGAUGGCCAAAGAUGUCAGAGUUUGGUGGAGUCCAACCACAGGGAGACUGCUGGCUUUUGGAGCCAUUUGUUUGAAAAGAAACUGCACAUGUCCGUGGAGUCAUGGCAGAUGUGUCCUCGAAACCUGUCUCCCAGUGGAUCCCAGAAGGAUAAAGUGCGCCUAUGAAUAUUAUCAUAUAUUCACUUAUUUUUCCCUCCUAAAAGGAAUUCCCUCCAAGGAAUUGAAGUGUGGAAGUCACCCCAAAUCUUGUGUAUUUCUUCCCUCUUGAUCUAAUCCCACCUCUCUGCGCCCCUUCCCCACCCCCCCACCCCCAGCAAGCCUUAUUUUAUUUUGGACAAAUCUGUGUCCAAGUUCUUAGCCUGGGGAGUUAAAAAUGUUCCUUCCAGAAUGUCUCCUCUGUGAGAUCUUUCCAAGUGCAAGUGCUGUCAUGUAGAUGUCUUAUUCUUCAACCCCUGGUGCAGCUUUUAGGAGCCCUUGAGGCUAAUGAGCAAAGGAGUGCCCCUUUUCUGUUUGCAUCCUCCCAAUGGCCCCGGAGGCAUUUGGGAAAAUAUUUCCAGCAAGUUAAAAUUAAUGUGCUUAGUAAUAUAUGUGACCAAGAUCCAGCACCAUCUGGGAUGACUUUCUCUCCCCGCCCCCCAACCUGGAUUCCUAGCUAGUUUGCCAUCCAUUGGUCUUUACAUUUAGAAAUAAUGGGCUUCUUCAGCUUCCUUGUGGGCUUUCUCCUACCUCAGGGGCCCUGAUGAUUUACUUUUGUUUUCAGAAAUGAGCCAGGCACAGGUCUCCAUGAGGUCAGGGAGUGUCGUCCUUUUCAGAGAGAGAAAGCCCAGCCACAAGAGACUCAGCCAAGUGAAGUGAUCUGGGGGAUGGGGUUUGGGAAAUGACGUUCUUCCAUCUUCUCUUCACCAAGGAUUUGGGCGACCAGGGCAAGUAGUGGUGAAACUUGUAAAUAGUGUUGUAAAAGACCCUUUGGAAUGGGGUUUGAUUUCCUUUAUCGUAGGACCCAGCUUCUUAGGCAGGAAUGGGAAGCUUUUGGUCUUCAUCCUUUUGAUCUGGAUUCAUUAUAAGAAUGGAUUAGAAGUGGAUAGAUUCGAUUCAUCCCUGCCCUGUGCUUCUUGGAUGAAACUAGAAGGGAUGGUGGAUACAGGGCCACUUGGACCAGCCAUCUGCAUCAAAGCUCCCAAGGUGACAUGGGGCAGAACUUGGAACCAAAUGACCUGCAGAAAGCCAGUGAGACUUAGGAAAGGAAUUAUGUAGCAAUGAUCUUUGGACUUGCUCCCAUCCCCAAAUCAAGAAUGACAAAUUGAAUCUGAUUCUAGACCUGUUGUCUGAAAAGUUUGGAAGAUCAUGUCCUCCUAACACUUGUGUUCCACCACCCUCUCUGUCCAUGGUAUCUGUUGAUCAUGUUGCCAUAAUGUGUAUAGAAAGUGCAGAUGUGAUUUUAUCAUUUAAAGAUAUACUACCCAGGUAUCUUAACUUGUUUAACAUUAUGGUUUUUAAUUUUUUUUGUUUAUUGUUUACAUUUUUGAGAAGUAGCAUUCUGUUUCAAAUGCUCAUUUCAUUUCUAGACAGUAUUUUUGGUUGUCUCCCAGCCACAAGGUAAGAGUUACCAGCAUUUGAGUUGUGGUUUUUGUGGUUUGGAGUUUCUUUUUUUUUAAAGGUCAUAGGCCUUUAUUCACCCCAUUUUCUGCUAUUUUUCAAAACCUUAGAUUUGGCCCUUUGGAAUUAGAAUAUUUAAAAUCUAGGUUUAUUUGAGUUUUCUCAUUUUUUGGUGAUUAAAAAAAAUUUAGAAAAAAAGGAAGGGAACUAGUGGUGUUCAAAGGCUGUCUCCCCCACAUCCUUUGGGUGGGUGGAGUCUAAUCCUCAUAUCCCCUCAUUUUUGUAUUAUGAUUUUGCACAGAAGUUAGCUCUAAGAAGAGAUGAGAAGCUGUUACAGUCUUAAUGCUUUUGAGAGCAAUUCUGGAGUCUCUGGAGAUGAAAGGCAGGGUGAAAUAGAAGUUAGAGGGUCUGUCUUUCCUUCUCUCCUUUAGGGGACUAAAUAAUAUGUAUUCCUAAUAACAUGGACCUUUCUAUUUGAAUGUCCAUGGCUGAAAACGAGAAUCCAGUAGGCUCCUUGUCACAGUGAAGAAUUAUCUUAUACCUCCACAAUAAAGACCACUACCUGAAGGCCCUGGCCUCUUUAAACUCAGUGACCACUAAUCUUUGCAUGCAUUCAUGUCCCACUGCUACACUUCACCACAACACACACAAACCCCCUUUCCACCCUUCGUGUUUGGUGGAUUAGAAGAUAUUCCAGUAAGUUAUCAGCCCCCCAAAAAAAGCUGGAGCAUGCCUAGAUCUUCAGGUUACUCCGUCAAGAGGGUUAGCAAUCUGUAGCCCUUCUCUUGUCUCCCACAAUUCUACAGUAUCAACAUUAACCUGACCUGUAGUAGGCAAAGAAGCUGCUUAACCCCAUUAAACUUCAUACUCUCCUGUUCUUGUAUUUCAGAACAGGACUGCCCCAGCUGGUGCUUCUGACAUAUCAUACCCUGGGUGAAAGAGGGUAUUACUUUGUUUUUGCCCUUCUUAUCCCAGGAAAAAGAGAAAAACCUACCAUUUCCAAUUUAGAAUGGAGAAAAAAAUAUUGACUCAUUCUUAUGUAAAGCAGCUCCCUUUGCAAGUAUAUAUGAAGGAGAACAGAAUUGUAAACUCUCAUAUGAACUAAAAAGCUGGGGGAUGAUUGGACAGGUUCGAUUUUUAAGCACAGAAAGUGAAGGGGAAAAAAUUAUAUUGCAACACACUCUGAGGAAUUUGUAAUCAUUGUGCUUCUUUUUUUUCCUUUUCUUCUGAAGUCUUUACUUAAAGGUAUUUUUACCAUCAUUUGAUGUCAUGUCCAUAUCUCCCAGGAAGCUUGGGGUGGCAGAUCUUAAGAAAGGGGAGCUAACUUAGAGAAGGAAUCUUUUCCCCUCUCCUCAUAGUCACUUUGUAAGAGAUUGAGUGGGAUGCUUCCAAAGGAUUAAGUCCAUGAUUAUUCCUUAAAUGGUAUCACACUCUUUCACACAGUCGGAUCAUUGCAAUUGAAACAAAAUGUGAAUAAAGUUUUAGACUCCAUUCUUUGGGGGAAAGGGAAAAACUCCACCAAUCAUGACAUCUAGAUUACCCACUGUUUCCAUUUUUUAAAUAGGAAUUUUCAGUCCUCUGUGCUUGUCUGUUUGCUCGGAGAAGUUUGAGACCCUAUUACUGUUUUGAAAUGCAUGCAUGUUACAAGAUGAAUCUGACUCCAGGAAAAAAAAAUAAAACUCCAAAUUUUGUGUA